AUGAGGAAGUUCAUUACUAAACUUGGAGUGGUCCCAAGCAUUAAGUCACCAGUCAUUUUAUACUGUGACAACAAUGGGGAUAUAGCACAAGCCAAGGAACCAAGGUCUCAUCAAAGAUCCAAGGACAUUCAGAGGCGCUAUCACUUAAUCAGGGAAUAUGUUGCUGAAGGAGAUAUUAGCGUGCUCAAGGUGGCUUCAGCAAAAAACGUAGCAGAUCCACUCACAAAGUCUAUGAGUCAACUUCAGCUGGACCGACACAUGGAGAAGAUGGGUAUUAGAUACAUGUCAAAUUGGCUUUAA